UUAUAGAGCAAUAAUAUUGAUGCAAGAUCUGAAUGUUUUCUUUAUUUUUUUAAGCAACAUAAAUAGCUCUGGGGUGAUUAUAGAGCAAUAAUAUUGAUGCUAGAUCUGAAUUUUUUAUUUAUUAUGUUA